GACGAGUUUUCUUCCAAGGCAUGUAUAUACAGACGGGAAUACUACACGGAAGGAUGAUUCCUCCGCGCGAAUCGUAAAGGAAUGACGAGAAUAUCCCGCAAAGUCGAUGCAAGACAUGCGAGAAGUAGCGGUGAAGUUAGACUGUGUCUGAUAAUUAAUACAAACAAGGUUUUGGUAACUGGUAGAUGGCUAUUAGAUGGAAUGUAACUCGGAGUAUAUGGUUGGCUGCCAAGGGUCGAAUACGGGAAUAAGAUGGUCCCAACGAGUGAUAAAGGAGGGACACAACAGGUGGCGGAUGCUGUGGAAAGCGGAGUGAGAAGAGCCUCUAAGAUUUAUGGUUUGUAUGCAGUUGGUGGAGGCAGUGGCGUUCUUUCUCUAGGUCUUGCCUUUCUCUUGCUCUCUUUUUUUUCGGUUGCGAUUCCCUUUCAAGGCACUGUUCAGCCAGCCCUCAAUAGCGAGAUGAUCAAGAUCGUAUUCAUAGUCAGCACAACCUUGAUACAGUUGACUGAAGGCGCAUGUCGCAAUGUUGAUGUCGCUAUAGCUGCCUGCCUAGUGUAACGAUGCUCACGGAUAUAAACACGCUGAGGGCACAACCAACGAGGUGUGACUGCAACCAGGCAUUUACUUAGACUAAAAUGUACAAC